UUACAUCGGAAAAUUGAAGGCGAAAGUUUAGUAAUUUUCCAACAUGGCGACGAUAGUAUGAAAAUCGAAAUCGGCUCUAUCGAAAUUGAAUUUAUUUUGUUAUUUAAACGACAAUUCUAAUUGAUUGUGAUGGAUUUUCAUAAUCGAUAAUUUGUGCAUACAAGGUUGUGUUGGUCAUUUAUAGUGUAGGGCAUUUGAAAUUAAACGAAAUGAUGAGUGAAAAUAUUGACGGUCCGGUUGUAGUUCGACGACGAAGAAAAAUAAUUCGUCAGCACCGUGAAAAGACACCGGAGCCAACGAUAAAGAGUGGAGGUGCUAAGACAAAGUAUUCGGACGAUGAGAGUAGUAGUACGGCUGAACAGAAUGGUAGCAAUUCCCGGCCCCGAAUGAAAUCUGUGUCUACCGGACCAGGGAUAAGUAUCCAUCGAAGUAAAAUAUUGAGCCGACGCGAUAAAGGUAUUGGUACGUCUGCUUUUCGCAGUCAAUCAACGCCCCGUGUAGAAGGAAACCAAGAAUACGGAGAAACAUUAAUUAGCAAUCGACCUGUAAAACAUCGCAGUUUGUCAUCGCCGCGCCAAAAAGAUGAGUCAAGCGAGAGCUCACGAUCGUCCCCGCACCACUUCGACAGAGACAACAGUUACUCAAAAAGACAAAUGGACCUGAAAGAAACCGAAUCGAAAGAACUGAGCAAAUUGGAACGGAAUUUGCGACGUUUUGAAGAGGAACGCCGUAAAUUCGAACUGGAAAAACGAAAAUUUGAUAAAGAAAAACGAGAAAUGGAUCGAAUACGGUACAGGCGAUUAGAAGAUUUCGAACGUAAGCGAAUGGAACGGAAGAAGGAGGAGGCCAAGCUACCGGACGAGCACAUACAACACUACCGAGUUUUUGAUACUGGCAACGAAGCACACCAUCAACGACACGAUCCAGAGACCGAUAAAAUGCUGGGCAAACUUAGUCCCAUAUUAAAGAAGCCUAGAGACUUGAAACUUACUGCUCCACAGGAUGCUCACCUGAGAACGAUGUCUCCAUCUAAAGCUACAACUGCUGCUAUCGAUGUCAUUAUCCCACUUCCAAAUAACGAAUCAUCACCACCCAAUACACCAGUAUGUGAUGACUACGAAUCGUCAACGGCUAUGUCCAGCUCAUCUAGAGAAGGCGAUUUCGACGAAAUAGACUUUUCAAAGCUUCCAGUGAUCGAUGAUGUCAAAUCCCCCAUUGCUGUGCCGUCAAAUGAUAUUCAAACGAAAGAGACUCCUCCAAAAUGGGGUUGGAUAUCAAGGUUCUUCAGGAAGAAGCCACCACAGCAACAGGAAGUGAUAGUUAAAAGUGCUCCGGCUCCAAUUAAGGAACCACACUGUGACGACAAUAUGUCGACCGUGUCCUUACUCAAAUUCUUUUUCAUCGAAAGUAGAGUCGUAUGGAGACAACUGUUAUCGGAUCAUGCGGUUGAAUGGGAAGAAACGAAAUUGAUGCGAAACAAGUGCAUUGCCGAUUUGAUUGUAUUGACUAUAUUCGUUGGUAUGGGCGGAAUGAUUUUCCGUUUUGUUGAGGGAGCGUUUGAGAACUUUUACAAAUGCGGAGUGCGACGUGUUAAGCGUGAUUUUGUUGACUACUUGUGGACGACGAGUCAUAAUUUGAGGGAAGAUGAGUGGAAGCAAGCUGCCCGGAAUAAAUUACGGAAAUUUGAGGAAGAAUUGCAAUCGGCUCUCGAAGCUGGUAUGACCUCAUACAGCGGUAUGAAGGCCUGGACGUUUAUCAACGGAAUCAUAUAUUGCGUGACUGUUGUGACAACAAUAGGAUACGGUCACCUGACUCCAAAAACAAAAGCUGGGAAAAUGAUCACCAUCGUCUACGCCAUUAUUGGUAUUCCAAUGUUCCUUAUUCUCCUGGCCGAUUUUGGUAAGCUGUUCACAAGAGGCAUCAAAUUUAUGUGGGCCUAUGUUCGGCGCUUGUAUUACACUGGUUCGUGUCGAAAGGUUCGGAAGCAAGCACAAGUGCAGGACGUACUACGUGGCAUGAACAUGGCUUAUGAAAUCGCGACAUUUAGACGACCCAGCAUGAUGAUGAAAAGUCCUGACGUCGAAGAAGGAAAAGAGGAUGAACAGUCACCGUCACACUUAACGCCACCCUUGAACCAAGAGUCUCCGAUAACGCCUAUGCCACCGGACGUUAAUGAUAUCGAUGACGAGUUCAAUUUGCCGAUUUCGCUUGCCUUCUUUUUACUUUUGACCUACAUUUUAGCUGGAGCAGCCGUUUAUACGAUUUGGGAGGAUUGGUCGUUCUUCGAGGCCUGCUACUUUGUGUUUAUUUCGAUGUCGACUAUUGGUUUUGGAGACUACGUACCAAAUCAUCCAGCUUUCAUGAUGAUGAGCAUUUUGUAUCUGAUUUUUGGAUUAGCCUUAACGUCUAUGUGCAUCAACGUUGUCCAGGUCAAAUUGAGUGAUAGUUUUCGACAUGCAACAGCAAAGAUCGGUGCAACAAUUGGUCUCUCAUUGGCGGAAGAGGAAGUAAAUUCGGAGGAUGGCACACCGAGCGGAAGUAGAGAGGAUAUCCCAUCCGUACAUUCGAGUUCACUUAAACUGAACCCUCCAAAAGUUGUCGUUGACGAACCACCGCCGCUACUUCCGAAGAAAUCUGACACAUUAGCUCCAGAUGAUGACAAAUCGAAAACGAAAUCAAAGAAGUAGGAAGCUUUCAAUCAAAGCCAAAGAAUGUUUUCAGUUUUUGAACCAAGAGAGCCCGAUAUGGACUGAUAAAACGUUCAUUUUGAAAUUAUGGUCUCUUUGUCUGUUGUUUAGGUUUAGAUGAGUGUGUGUACAUACAAUUGCGUUGUUUUGACUAAAUAUAAGCUUUACAAUUUUCACGUUUGAUCUGAAUUCUAUAGUUGUUAAGUUUACACUCCUAUUAUUGGAAUGGUUUCAUUUUGCCAAAGAAAAGAAAUGUAUUUAUUAUUGUGAAACGUGCGAAAUUCAUAAAAAAAAGAAAAUUUCUCAAGAUUAUAAUAGGCGAAGAGUGCAAUCUAUUUAUCUAAUGAUCUACAAUAAAAGUUUAUAUAUUUGAAAAAGUGGAAG